AACAAUGAACGCCAUACUCAAGUCAGACACAGAGACUUCAACUGUAACACAAAUGCUUUUACACACAGGAUCUGACCACAGGUCAGACCUAGAGAGAAUGGGGCUGGGGAGACUGGGCUGUUCUCCUGCUACCGGCUCAGAGUAUUUACUUUACGGUAACCGAAGCCCGAGGACGGUUCAUUCCCAUCGGAACUCAGGUGAUGCGUUAGAGACUGCCACUGAUCCGUCUUGUUCUUACGCUACACAGAUGAACCUUGGCAACAUGCCCUUGGGCUAGGAGACACAGACUGAUCUGUCUAUAGGGGACUGGAACUGGUACAGUAGUAGUAUAUACUCUGAAGGGUGCCUAGAUAAGAAAGGGGAGGUUGUAGUUGUAGACGAUGGGACUGUAAAAGUGGAGGGCGACGCUCCUCCCACAUGGAAUGCAGAUAGUCACCUAGGAGACGGACACUCACAGGGCAGAGAUUUUUUAGAUUACAGCGAAAGCUUUGAGACAAAUCCAAAUGUCGCAACCAACCCUUUACACAUGCUCAGGGAUCGCGAUCCAGUGUCCAUGUCGUUGGGGCCUUCUGAUUCACACGGCCGCAUCCUUUUCGAUCAGGUAUUGAACUCAAACAACAGGGCUAGAGCACAGGUUCAAAAAGGGGGAGCCACAUCUGGCAGUAGUAAAGAGAAACGAUUCUUCUGCAUGUUCUGUAACAAAGGCUUCAGCUGCUCCCAGAAAGUGGAGAUCCACCAGAGGGUCCACACAGGGGAGAAAUCCUUCAGCUGUACCCAGUGUCACAUGCGCUUCGCCCAGGCUGGUGACCUGAAGAGGCACCAGAGGGUCCACACAGGGGAGAAACCAUUCGGCUGUCACCUGUGCCGUGCUAGUUUCUCCCACUCAUCCAGCCUGAAGAGGCACCAGGGGGUCCACACAGGGGAGAAGCAUACAGGAGCCCCCAAUGUGAGAAGAGGUUCUCCCACCAGCACCAGCUGAAGAUGCACCUGAAGGUCCACACGGGAGAGAGGCCAUUCACCUGUAUGCACUGCAGGAAGAUGUUCUCAGAGAGCCCAUUCAAU